AUGAGUAGUGUCGGCGUUAGAGCUGUCGCACUGCGAACCGUUCCCGUCAUACUUCGCCACGGCGACAAGAAUGUCACGGUCAACGCGCUGCUGGACGACGGCAGCACGCAGUCUUACCUUAAUUGCGACGUUGCGGCACAGCUAGAGCUUAGCGCUCCCACACAAGAAGUGUCAGUGAGCACGCUGAACGGCCGCAUCGAGACCCUAGAGACCAUACCAGUCGACUGCCACAUCGAGAGUCUGGAUGGCAGAUUUAUCACACAGUUCUCUGCUCUGACUGCCAAGAAUGUCACCGGUAACCUUACACCUCAUGAUUGGUCGGUAGAUCAGACACGGUAUCCGCACCUCAACGGCAUUGAGUUUCCGCAAUGCCAGAAGAAGCGAGUAGAGGCGCUGAUCGGCCUUGACCACGCUAGUCUUCACAGGUGCAUGGAGGAAGUCUAUGGUGAGGCUCAUGAGCCAUUCGCACGCAAAACGCCACUCGGGUGGACAUGCGUUGGCAGGAGCACCAGACCGCAACAGACGACAAAUUUCACCCGCACGUACUUCGGAAAGGACGUCGACCUGAAUGCACUGGUGAGAAGGAUGUGGGAAGUGGAGGAACUUCCCCAGUCGUACAAAUUCUGUGCAGAUGAUCAAGCCGUUUUUGAUCAGACGGUCCAGUCGAUGACCUACAAGAACGGAAGAUACCAGGUUUCGGAGCCGUGGAUCAAGAGACCACCUCCGGACAACUACAGUCGAGAAACUGCAAUGAAGCGGCUCAUCGCAGCAGAGAGACGCCUGGCGAAGGAGCCAGACGUCGCUGAGGAAUACCGAACCGUGAUUCGCCGUCACUUAGAACAAGGGUAUAUCAGCAAGAUCAGCAACGCAAGUGAUGGCGACGGCUGGUAUCUGCCGCACUUUGCUGUUGUACGACCUGGGGCUACAUCCACAAAGGUGCGUGUGGUCUUUGAUGCAGCAGCAAAGACGAAAGGCAAGUGUCUGAAUGACUACAUCAGCACUGGGCCCAAACUACAACGGGACCUCACCGACGUUCUCCUGCGGUUUCGGCGACACCCAAACGCACUGGUAGCCGACGUGGCAGAGAUGUAUCUACAAAUCGAGUUGGAAGAGGAUUACCGGCAGUUCCAUCGAUUUCUUUGGCGAGAAGAUACGGAGGACCAACCGGCCGUUUACCAGUACAAUAGAGUGGUGUUCGGGAUCAAUGCAUCUCCAUUCUUAGCUCAACUGGUCUCGCAAGAGCAUGCGCGGCGGAACCAGGAGGAGUUUCCUAUGGCAGCAGAAACCGUGUUGAAGUCCACGUACAUGGACGAUUCAAUGGACUCGACAAAGUCAACAGAGCUAGCGAUUCAGCUGUACCACGAGCUUACGGCGCUGUGGGGUCUCGCUGGAAUGCAUGUGCGAAAAUGGAUUUCCAACAAUGUUGAGGUGCUCGCCGAAGUCCCCGAGGAGGACCGAGCCAAGGAAGUGGACAUCGCUAAUGGAAUCCUGCCGACGACCAAGACUCUCGGAGUUAAGUGGCGAGCAGAGGAAGACGAGUUCCUGAUUCAUGUCAAGCCGCCAUCACACAUUGCCACCAAGAGAGCGUUCUUGAAGAACCUAGCCACAUUGUUUGAUCCGAUCGGAUUCGUACUGCCGUUCACCAUAGUUGGUCGGAUGUUGUUCCAGAAGAUGUGGCUAGCAGGUGCUGACUGGGACGUCUCUCUGCUGCCAGAGCUAGGUGCAGAGGCGCAAAAGUGGUGUGCCGACAAGGAUGCACUCCAGGAUGUCCGAGUUCACCGGUGUCUUCAACGCGAUGAGGAGGUGGUGGAGACUCAGCUACAUGUAUUCUGCGAUGCCUCGCAAGAUGCAUAUGGAGCAGUCGCUUAUCUCUGUCAUGUGUACCAGGAUGGUACGAGGUCCAGUCGAUUCGUCAUGGCUCGAGCCAAAGUGGCGCCGUUAUCAGCUGUUAGCAUCCCCCGACUCGAGCUAAUGGGAGCAGUCAUCGGAUGUCGUCUUGGUGUGUCCGUAGCCAAGACACUCGCCAUCGCAAUGGAGAAUGUCGUGUUCUGGAGUGUCAGCAUGGAUGUCCAAGUGGUGGAAAGAGUACCCGGAUCUCAGUGUCGGUGA